AUGGUCGUCGCAACAAUCAAAUGUGUGGUCGUCGGUGACGGUGCUGUCGGCAAGACAUGUCUGCUCAUCAGCUACACCACAAACAAGUUCCCUUCCGAAUAUGUUCCCACUGUCUUCGAUAAUUAUGCCGUUACUGUCAUGAUCGGUGAUGAGCCGUAUACACUCGGUCUCUUCGAUACCGCUGGACAAGAAGAUUAUGACCGACUCCGCCCACUCUCCUACCCACAAACUGACGUCUUCCUCGUUUGCUUCUCCGUCACGUCACCCGCCUCCUUUGAGAACGUCCGGGAGAAGUGGUUUCCUGAAGUACACCACCACUGCCCUGGCGUGCCCUGCCUGAUCGUCGGCACCCAGACCGAUUUAAGAGAUGACCCGAGUGUAAGGGAAAAGCUGGGAAAGCAGAAGAUGAGUCCGGUCAGGAAGGAGGACGGCGAGAAGAUGGCGAGGGAGUUGGGCGCCGUCAAGUACGUUGAGUGUAGUGCGUUGACGCAAUACAAGUUGAAGGAUGUCUUUGAUGAGGCAAUCGUAGCAGCUCUCGAACCCCCGGCGACCAAAAAGCCAAAACGACACUGUUUAAUUCUUUAG